AUGUUCUCAACUUCAUUUCUCUCCUCUCCUUCCAAUAUAGCUGGCGGCGUGGCACUAGGUUUUGUCUUCCUAACAUGUUGGAAGCUUAUUCGGCGCUUCGUUGUUCGCCAAAGUCUCGAUAAUUUACCUGGACCUCCUUCGGUGUCGUUCGCCACAGGCUGCUUGACGCAGCUUUUUAAUAGGCAUGCAUGGGAUUAUCAUCAGCAUCUUGCAGACAAUUUUGCUGGUGUCGUAAAGAUCAAGGGUCUGUUCGGGGCCAACUGUCUUUACGUCCAUGAUCCGAAGGCACUACACCACAUCCUGCUCAAGGAUCAGUACAUAUACGAAGAAACAGAGACCAUGAUCCAAAUGAACAAAGUGAUGUUCGGCGAAGGGAUCUUCACGUCUCUUGGCGAGAGACAUCGUCUUCAAAGGAAGAUGCUCAACCCCGUAUUCUCGAUUGCGCAUAUGCGCCGUAUGGUUCCCAUCUUCUAUGAGGUUAGCCGUCGCGUCCACAACACUUUCGUGCAGAUCGCCAAGAGAGGCGGCGACCAGGAGAUCAACAUUAUCGACUGGAUGACCCGUCUUGCUCUGGAACUCAUCGGCCAAAGCGGACUUGGUUUCUCGUUUGACAGUCUUGCUGAAGGCACAGAGCCGCAUCCCUACGGCAUCGCCUCUAAGAUGCUCGUUUCUAUUGCAUCAGAAGGCUCUCAUUUUUCCGGUCUCCUUGCACCGAUAGUUGCAAAAUUCGAGCAUCACCCUCGUCUAGGCCGAUGGAUCGUGGACCGCAUCCCAGGGUUGGCACCCAUGAGGUUUAUUGUUGACACCCUGAACAAGACUGCGGAAGAGAUCAUUGCGGACAAGAAGAAGGCUAUCUUGGGUGGCGACGAUGCAUUGAAGGAUCAGAUUGGAGAAGGAAACGAUGUCAUCAGCAUUUUGAUGAGGGCCAAUAUGUUCGUGCCGGAGGAAGAGAAGCUGUCUGAAAAGGAGCUUCAUGGGCAGGUCACUUCGCUCACGUUUGCAGCGACGGAUACAACGUCGGGUGCUCUCACGCGUACCUUGCAUCUUCUGGCGAUGCAUAAGGACGCCCAGGAGAAGGUCCGGAAGGAGAUUCAAGAGGCUCGAAAAGAAUGCGGCGGCGAAGAUAUCCCGUAUGACACCCUCGUCCAUCUUCCUUACCUCGACGCUGUCUGUCGCGAAACCCUACGCUUGUAUCCUCCUCUCACUGUCAUCAACAGAACCACUCGCGCAGACGUCAUCCUCCCCCUCGGAAAUCCUGUCAAAGGAAUCGACGGCAAGGAGAUCCACGAGCUAGAAAUUCCCAACGGCACAGACGUGUUCAUCUCCAUCAUCGCCUCUAACCGUAAUCCGGAGUAUUGGGGACCUGACGCCCUUGAGUGGAAGCCUGAGAGAUGGCUCGGCACUCUUCCUCAGGCAUUAGUCGACGCCCAUAUCCCGGGUAUCUAUUCGAAUUUGUUGACUUUCCUCGGAGGCGGUCGUGCUUGCAUCGGCUUCAAAUUCUCGCAACUUGAAAUGAAGGCUGCCCUCGCACUCCUUCUGGAGGACCUGGAGUUCUCUCUUCCCACCGGCAAGGAAAUCUACUGGCAGAUGAAUGCAAUCACCGCCCCGAACACGGAUCUGAAUGGUAAAGUCCCUACCAUGCCUUUGAAGGUUACCUACCUUGGCAAAUAA